AUGGGACCCCCGCCACCGCCUCCUCCACCCCCUCUACUCUUAUCCUCAACGACACUACCAUCUGGCGGGUGGAAGGCAGCGCAGUCACAGCGACGUAACAACAAUUCCAUACCUGCGCCGUCCGACAAGACCCGUCCCGCAGUGGACAGUGCGGCAUUACAGCACGCAGCCGCUCGCUUGCGCAAGACCGGCUACUACGAACAGAUUCGAGGUGACGUCCGCGAUCUAUCGAUGACGAGUGGACGGAUCGGCGAUGAACGCGACCAGAGGUGGGGCACAUGGUCGCAGCGUCUCGAGCUGAUCAUCGGCUGCCGUUGUCGACCGUGUCUGACGGAAAUCGGCCGUACGGCUCGCAGCUCAAUAAGCUGGAACGCGAUCCGCCCAGAGAACAGGUUUAUGCUGCGCCCACUCAUUCCUACCACACUGAUUCGAUCGGCAACGUACGUGGAAAUUCCAAUUCGAGCAACACGGUCGAGCCGAUGCUACCAUCCAGCUUCGAUGCCGUACCAAAAAAUCUAUACCAGACCUUUAAUAACCCCUCAUCUAAGUCAUUUAUCGAAAACAAGCUUGAACCGCCACUGCCGACAUCGCAUCGACCCACACCGACUUUCCAAACUUACACUGCCCCUAUACGUACUGUACAGCAUUCGCCACACAGAAAUGUCUUCAACGCUUCCCCUCGACCCUACACGCCACCCAUACAGCAUGAGACUCAAUCAUCCCAUGUAUCGUCGUAUAUACAGGAACCCUAUAGCAUAUGCCCCGCCUCAUUAUGAUAGUAAGCCCUAUGCACCACGUCCGUACAGUCCAAGAUCGCAUUCGGCACAAUACUCCACGCCGCAGCAAGAAAACAGCACCUACAAUUAUCAGACCUACACGAAAGAGACGUCCCGCCGUGAAGAACAACAGAAAACUCGUCCAUCAACGGUGCAGUGGGAAACGCCCUAUGUGCGAGCUUCAUCGCCGAUUCGUGAUCCACACGCUCGCAUCCGAGAAUUCGCCACUAACACUUAUGUGGAGCCAGAACCACCAAGAAGUCAAGAGUAUGUGCAUACAGUUAGGCGUGAGACUCACACCACUCGAAAUGCUCCGAACGACUUUGCGACGACACUUCGAAACCAGGGUCUCACUGCUUCACAACGCGAAGCCAAUCAGCAUCAGGCAAGCACCCUGCGGCGUGAUCAUCUGCCCUUCAAUGCGGAUCACAUUUACAAGGUCAGAUGGCACACAUUAUAUGAUCUCGACCUCCGACCAUGA